AGGGGGAGCGUGAAGAGUGGGCAGCGGCUUCUGCGUCGGGGAUUGCUGGGCUGUCCGAGCCCCUCUGUGCCAGGCCCCCGACGGCCGGUCUCACCCGCUGCUCUGGGGCGGACCUUCCCUGCUCGCUACACUCUCUCGCGCCCUCUCUCCGAGGCCCUCGCGGAUUUAGUCUCGAACCUUCCUCCAGUUUAAACCGCGAGCAUCUGCUGAGGCUUAAACUAGAGUGACGUGGUGGAGAGCACGGACUCAAGAAUUUCGUUGCCGGACUUGGAAUUUUGGCAGACAUGUGGGUGACUGCGCUGUCCGGUCUCCCUUGUGAUAAUCCUUGCCGGUGGUGAGCCCUCAAGAGCGUUUGCUGCUGUUUUUAUCAGUAAUGAAUCUUUGAGAAACAGAAGAGAGGAACACAGAAGGGGAAGAAUAAAAAACCACAGCUUAAAAAAAGAAAAAAUUGAGGGCUGCAUCUUCCUGGAAGUGUCACAUGUGCUGUGCUUUCUGCAGUUCUGCACCAUGAGUUUAGCACUGAACGAUCUGCUUAUUUGCUGCCGUCAACUGGAACAUGACAGAGCCACCGAACGAAGGAAAGAAGUUGAGAAAUUUAAGCGCCUGAUUCGGGAUCCUGAAACUGUUCAACAUUUAGAUCGACAUUCAGAUUCCAAACAAAGCAAAUACUUGAAUUGGGAUGCUGUGUUUCGAUUUUUACAGAAAUAUGUUCAGAAAGAAACAGAAUGUCUGAGAACAGCGAAACCAAGUGUAUCAGCCUCAACACAAGCCACUAGACAGAAAAAGAUGCAAGAAAUCAGUAGUUUGGUCAAGUACUUCAUCAAAUGUGCAAAUAAAAGAGCACCCAGACUGAAAUGUCAAGAACUCUUGAAUUAUAUCAUGGAUACAGUGAAAGAUUCAUCUAAUGGUUCCAUUUAUGGAGCAGAUUGUAGCAACAUUCUGCUCAAGGACGUUCUCUCAGUGAGGAAAUACUGGUGUGAAAUAUCUCAGCAACAGUGGCUAGAAUUGUUCUCUGUGUACUUCAGUCUGUACCUUAAACCUGCACAAGACAUUAAUAGAGUUUUAGUGGCUAGAAUAAUUCAUGCUGUGACCAAAGGAUGCUGUUCGCAAACUGAUGGAUUAAAUUCCAAAUUUUUGGAUUUCUUUUCCAAAGCUAUUCAACAUGCAAGACAGGAAAAGGGUUCUGCAGGUCUGAAUCACAUCUUAGCAGCAUUUGUUAUCUUCCUCAAGACACUGGCUGUUAACUUUCGAAUUCGAGUGUGUCAAUUAGGAGAUGAAAUUCUUCCUGCCUUGCUUUAUAUUUGGACUCAACAUAGACUUAAUGACUCCUUAAAAGAAGUAAUUAUUGAAUUACUUCAACUGCAAAUAUAUGUGCAUCAUCCAAAGGGAGCGAAAACUCAAGAAAAAGGUGCUUAUGAAUCAAGUAAAUGGAGAAGUAUCCUAUAUAACUUAUAUGAUCUGCUAAUUAACGAGAUAAGUCAUAUAGGAAGCAGAGGGAAGUAUUCUUCAGGCUCUCGUAACGUGGCUGUCAAAGAAAACUUGAUUGAGUUGAUGGCAGAUAUUUGCCACCAGAUUUUUAAUGAAGAUACUAGAUCUCUGGAGAUUUCUCAGUCUUAUACUACCACCCAAAGAGAAUGUAAUGAUUACAGUGCGCCUUGCAAAAAGAAGAAAAUACAGUUAGGCUGGGAAGUAAUAAAAGAUCAUCUUCAGAAGUCACAGAGUGAUUUUGAUCUUGUGCCUUGGUUACAGAUUACAACCCAGUUAAUAUCAAAAUAUCCUUCAAGUUUACCUAACUAUGAGUUGUCACCAUUACUGAUGAUACUGUACCAGCUUCUACCUCAACAUCGACACGGGGAGCGCACGCCAUAUGUGUUACGAUGCCUUACGGAAGUUGCAUUGUGUCAAGGCAAGAAAUCAAACCUAGAAGGCUCGCAGAAAUCAGAUUUGUUGAAAUUCUGGAUUAAAAUUUGGUCUCUUACCUUUCGUGGUAUAAGUUCUGAGCAGAUACAAGCUGAAAACUUUGGUUUACUUGGAGCUAUAAUUCAAGGCAGUUUAAUUGAGGUUGAUAGAGAAUUCUGGAAGUUAUUUACUGGGUCAGCCUGCAGACCAUCACGUCCUGCAGUCUGCUGCCUGACUCUGGCCAUGGCCAUCUGUGGGGUUCCAGAAACUGUAAAAACGGGAGUGGAGCAGAGUAUAUGUGAAGUAAAUAGAAGUUGUUCUUUAAAGGAACUGAUAAUGAGACGGCUCUUACUCUCUCAGUUAGAGGAUGACUUGGAAGACAGGACAGAGCUGCCACCAGUUCUUCACAGUAAUUUUCCUCAUCUUGCAGUAGAGAAAAUUCUUGUGAGUCUCACUGUGAAAAACUGUAAAGCUGCAAUGAAUUUUCUCCAAAGAGUGCCAGAAUGUGAACAACACCAAAAAGUUCAAGAAGAGCCUUCAUUCUCAGAAGUUGAAGAACUAUUUCUUCAAACAACUUUUGACAAGAUGGAUUUUUUAACCAUUGUGAAAGAAUGUGCUGUAGAAAAGCACCAGGCCACCGUAGGCUUUUCUGUCCACCAAAACCUCAAGGAGUCACUGGAUCGCUAUCUCCUGGGAUUAUCAGAACAGCUUUUAAAUAACUACUCGCCUGAGACUACAAAUGCAGAAACGCUUAUCCGGUGUUCGAGUCUUCUGGUGGGUGUUCUUGGAUGCUACUGUUACGUGGGAGUAGUAGCUGAAGAGGAAGCAUAUAGAUCAGAACUGUUCCAGAAAGCCAAGUCUCUAAUGCAGUGUGCAGGAGAAAGUAUCACUCUGUUCAAAAAUAAGACCUACGAGGAAUCUAGGGUUGCUUCCCUGAGGAAUGUGAUGACUCUCUGUACCGGUUGCUUAUGCAACUGUACCAAGCCCAGUCCAAAUAAAAUUGCAUCUAGAUUUUUCCUACGAUUGUUGACAUCAAAGCUCAUGAAUGAUAUUGCAGAUAUCUGUAGAAGUUUGGCGUCCUUUAUCAGAAAGCCCCUGGACUUGGGAGAAGUAGAAUCCAUGGAGGACGAUCCUGAUGAGAAUCUGAUGGAGGUGGAGGACCAGUCGUCCAUGCAUCUGUUCAGUGACGCCCCUGCCUGCGGCACUAGUGACGCGGCUGUGUCUGGAGAUAGCGGGAGCACCUUCGGUGCCAUGAAUCCUUUAGCUGAAGAACAUCUGUCAAAGCAAGAUCUACUCUUUUUAGACAUGCUCAAGUUCUUGUGUGUGUGUACAACUACUGCUCAGACUGGAACUGUGUCAUUUAGAGCGGCCGACAUUCGGAGGAAAUUGUUGAUGUUAGUGGAUACUAGCAUGCUAGACCCUGCUAAAUCUCUCCACCUACGCAUGUAUCUAGUGCUUUUAAAGGAGCUUCCUGGAGAAGAAUAUCCUUUGCCAAUAGAAGAGGUUUUUGAACUUCUAAAACCACUCUCCAACGUGUGUUCUUUAUAUCGCCGUGACCAGGAUGUUUGUAGAACAGUUUUAAACCACUUAGUUCCUGUAGUAAGGAACCUGUGUCAAGGCGAUAUGGACGCUGAAAACACAAGGGAUGCUCAAGGGCAGUUGCUAACAGUGAUUGGAGCAUUCUGGCACCUAGCAAAGGAGGGGAAAUGCACAUUCUCUGUACGAAUGGCACUAGUAAAGUGCCUUAAAACUUUGCUUGAGACUGAUCCUUACUCAAAAUGGGCUGUUCUUAAUGUAAUGGGAAAAGACUUUCCUGUAAACGAAGUAUUUCCACAUUUUCUCGGUGAUCGUCAUCAUCAAGUUAGCAUGUUGGCUGCCGAGUCCGUCAACAGGUUAUUCCAGGAUAUGAAACACAGAGGCUCGUCCACAUUAUUGAAAGCACUUCCUUUGAAGCUUCAGCAAACAGCUUUUGAAAAUGCAUACUUGAAAGCUCUGGAAGGAAUGAGAGAAGUGUCCCACAGAGCUGAGAACCCUGAACUUUUGGAUGAGAUCUAUAACAGAAAAUCUGUUUUACUGAUGACGAUAGCUGUGAUUUUAUGCUGUAGCCCAGUCUGUGAAAAACAGGCUUUGUUUGCACUAUGCAAGUCUGUGAAAGAAAACGGAUUAGAACCUCACCUCGUUAAAAAGGUUUUAGAGAAAGUUUCUGAAACAUUUGGAUACAGACGUUUGGAAGACUUCAUGGCUUCUCAUUUGGAUUAUCUGGUUUUGGAAUGGCUAAAUCUUCAAGAUACUGAACAUAGUUUAUAUUCUUUUCCUUUUAUUUUACUAAAUUACACAAAUGUUGAGGAUUUCUAUAGAUCAUGUUACAAGGUUUUGAUCCCACAUCUGGUGAUUAGAAGUCGUUUUGAUGAGGUUAAGUCCAUUGCUAAUCAGAUUGAAGAGGAUUGGAAAAGUCUUCUAGCACAUUGCUUUCCAAAGAUUCUUGUAAAUAUUCUUCCUUACUUUGCCUACGAGGGUCCAGGAGACAGUGGGAUGGCACAGCAGAGAGAGACUGCUGCCAAAGUCUAUGAUACCCUUAAAGAUGAAAACGUCCUAGGAAAACAGAUUGAUCAUUUAUUCCUUAAUAAUUUACCAGAGAUUGUGGUGGAGUUACUGAUGACGUUACAUGAACCGGCAGCUUCUGGUGCCAGCCAGAGCACGGACCUCUGUGACUUUUCAGGGGAUUUGGAUCCUGCCCCUAAUCCACCUCAUUUUCCAUCACAUGUGAUUAAAGCAACAUUUGCCUAUAUCAGCAAUUGCCAUAAAACCAAGCUGAAAAGCAUUUUAGAAAUUCUUUCCAAAAGCCCUGAUUCCUAUCAGAAAAUUCUUCUAGCCAUUUGUGAGCAAGCUGCUGAGACAAAUAAUGUUUAUAAAAAGCACAGAAUUCUUAAAAUAUAUCACCUGUUUGUUACUUUAUUACUGAAAGAUAUUAAAAGUGCCUUAGGAGGAGCUUGGGCCUUUGUUCUUCGAGAUGUUAUCUAUACUUUGAUUCAUUAUAUCAACAAAAGGCCUUCUCGUUUCAUGGAUGUGUCGUUACGGAGCUUUUCCCUGUGCUGUGACCUGCUAAGCCGGGUUUGCCACACGGCAGUCACUUCCUGUAAGGAUGCUCUAGAAAAUCAUCUUCACGUGAUUGUUGGUACGCUCAUCCCCCUUGUGGAUGGUCACAUGGAGGUGCAGGAACAGGUAUUGGACUUGUUGAAAUACUUAGUGAUAGAUAACAAGGAUAAUGAAAACCUCUAUAUGACAAUUAAACUUCUAGAUCCUUUCCCUGACCAUGAUGUCUUUAAGGAUUUGCGCAUUACUCAGCAGAAAAUUAAAUACAGUAAAGGACCCUUUUCACUUUUGGAGGAAAUAAAUCAUUUUCUCUCCGUGAGUGUUUACGAUGCACUUCCUUUGACAAGGCUGGAAGGACUCAAGGAUCUCCGCAGACAGCUAGCUCAGCACAAGGACCAGAUGGUGGACCUCAUGAGAGCAUCUCAGGAUAACCCGCAGGAGGGCGUCAUGGUGAAGCUCAUCGUCGGCUUGUCGCAGUUAUGCCGCGCGGCCAUGAGCCACACUGGGGAGCGGGAGGUUUUAGAGGCUGUUGGGAGCUGCCUGGGAGAAGUGGGUCCUGUCGGUUUCUCCACGAUAGCUAUACAGCAUAGUAGAGAUACAUCUUCUACCAAGGCCCCCGAGUUAUUUGUAGAUAAAGAACUUCAGUGGACCUUUAUAACACUGACCUACCUGAACAACACGCUCGUAGAAGAUUGUGUCAAAGUGCGAUCAGCUGCUGUUACCUGUUUGAAAAGCAUUUUAGCUACAAAGACUGGACAUAGUUUCUGGGAGAUUUACAAGACGACACCUGAUCCCAUGUUGAUCUAUCUACAGCCUUUUAGAACAUCCAAAAAAAAGUUUUUGGAAGUGCCCAGACUAGACAAAGAAAAUCCUUUAGAAGGCCUGGAUGAUAUGAGCCUGUGGAUUCCUCAAAGUGAAAACCAUGAUGUUUGGAUAAAGAGGCUGACUUGUGCUUUUUUGGAUAGUGGAGGCACAAAAAGUGAAAUUCUUCAAUUAUUAAAGCCAAUGUGUGAAGUGAAAACGGACUUUUGUCAGACUGUGCUUCCAUACUUGAUUCAUGAUGUUCUACUCCAAGAUACAGAUGAAUCACGGAGAAACCUGCUUUCUGCACACGUUCAGGGAUUUUUCACGAGCUGUUUCAGACACUCCUCACCAGCGAGCCGAUCCACGACCCCCGCAAAUUUGGAUUCAGAGCCCGAGCACCUGUUCCGAUGCUGUGUGGAUAAAAAGUCACAGAGGACAAUGCUUGCCGUUGUGGACUACAUGAGGAGACAGAAGAGACCCUCCUUAGGAACAGUUUUUGAUGAUGCCUUCUGGCUGGAGUUGAAUUAUCUAGAGGUUGCCAAGGUCGCUCAGUCUUGUGCUGCUCACUUUACAGCAUUGCUCUACGCAGAAAUCUACGCAGAUAAGAAAAGCAUGGAAGACCAAGACAGAAGAAGUCUUACGUUUGAAGAAGCAAGCCAGAGUACAGCUAUCUCUAGUUUGAGUGAAAAAAGUAAAGAAGAAACUGGAAUACGUUUACAGGAUCUGCUCUUAGAAAUCUACAGAAGUAUAGGAGAGCCCGAUAGCCUGUACGGCUGUGGCGGAGGGAAGGUCUUGCAGCCCCUCACUAGACUACGCACAUACGAGCAUGAAGCAAUGUGGGGGAAGGCCCUGGUGACCUAUGACCUUGAGACGGCCAUCUCCUCCUCAACCCGCCAGGCGGGGAUAAUUCAGGCCUUGCAGAAUUUGGGACUCUGCCAUAUUCUUUCCGUCUAUUUGAAAGGACUAGAUCGUGAGAAUAAGGAGUGGUGCGCGGAGCUCCAGGAACUCCACUACCAGGCAGCGUGGAGGAACAUGCAGUGGGACCACGGCCUCGCCGUCAGCAAAGGACUAGAAGGACCCAGUUACCACGAAUCACUGUACAAUGCUCUGCAGUCUCUGAGAGAUAGAGAAUUCUCCACAUUUUAUGAAAGUCUCAGAUAUGCCAGGGUGAAAGAAGUGGAAGAGCUGUGCAAGGGGGACCUUGAAUCUGUGUACUCCCUCUACCCCACUCUCAGCAGGCUGCAGGCUAUCGGCGAGCUCGAGAACAUCGGGGAGCUGUUCUCCAGCUCAGGCACGGAUAGGCAACCUUCCGAAGUGUACACUAAGUGGCGGAAACACUCCCAGCUCCUCAAGGACAGUGACUUCAGUUUUCAGGAGCCCAUCAUGGCUCUCCGCACGGUCAUUUUGGAGAUCCUCAUGGAAAAGGAAAUGGAGAAUUCCCAGAGAGACUGUUUCAGGGAUAUUCUCACCAAGCACCUUGUAGAAUUCUCUGUACUAGCCCGAACUGUCAAGAACACACAGCUCCCUGAAAGGGCAAUAUUUCAAAUUAAACAAUAUAAUCCAGCUCGUUGUGGAGUCUCUGAGUGGCAGCUGGAGGAAGCCCAAGUAUUUUGGGCAAAGAAGGAGCAGAGUCUCGCCCUGAGUAUUCUCAAGCAGAUGAUCAAGAAGCUGGAUGCCAGCUGUGCAGAGAAUGAUCCCGACCUAAGACUUAUAUAUGCAGAAUGUCUGAGGGUGUGCGGCACCUGGUUAGCGGAAACUUGCCUGGAGAACCCUGCGGUCAUCAUGCAGACCUACCUAGAGAAGGCAGUGGAAGUUGCUGGAAAUUACGAGGGAGAAAGCAGUGAUGAGCUUAGAAAUGGAAAGAUGAAAGCAUUUCUCUCAUUGGCACGGUUCUCGGACACUCAGUACCAGAGAAUUGAAAACUACAUGAAAUCAUCAGAGUUUGAAAACAAGCAGGCUCUUCUGAAAAGGGCCAAAGAGGAAGUGGGCCUUCUUAGGGAACAUAAAAUCCAGACCAACAGAUACACAGUAAAGGUCCAGCGGGAGCUGGAGCUGGAUGAGUGCGCGCUCCGUGCCCUGAAAGAGGACCGUAAGCGCUUCUUAUGUAAAGCAGUUGAAAAUUACAUCAGUUGCUUACUGAGUGGAGAAGGACAUGAUAUGUGGAUAUUCCGUCUUUGUUCUCUCUGGCUUGAAAAUUCCGGAGUUUCUGAAGUCAAUGGCAUGAUGAAGACCGAUGGAAUGAAGAUUCCAUCAUACAAAUUUUUGCCUCUUAUGUACCAGUUGGCUGCUAGAAUGGGGACCAAAAUGAUGGGAGGCCUUGGAUUUCACGAAGUCCUCAAUAAUCUUAUCUCUCGGAUUUCAAUGGAUCACCCCCAUCACACUUUGUUUAUCAUACUGGCCUUAGCAAAUGCAAACAAGGAUGAAUUUUUGACCAAACCAGAGGCAGCAAGAAGGAACCGAAUAAUUAAAAAUGCACCUAAACAAAGCUCUCCACUCGACGAGGAUCGAACCGAGGCUGCAAACAGAAUAAUACACACUAUCCGAAGUAGGAGACCUCACAUGGUCAGAAGUGUUGAGGCGCUCUGUGAUGCGUACAUCAUAUUAGCAAACUUAGAUGCCGCUCAGUGGAAGACUCAGAGAAAAGGCAUAAAUAUCCCAGCAGACCAGCCAAUUACUAAACUGAAGAAUUUAGAAGACGUUGUUGUUCCAACUAUGGAAAUUAAGGUGGACCCCACCGGAGAAUACAGAAAUCUGGUGACUAUAGCGUCAUUUAAAGCAGAAUUUCGUUUAGCAGGAGGUUUAAAUUUACCUAAAAUAAUAGACUGUCUGGGCUCCGAUGGCAAGGAAAGGAGACAGCUCGUCAAGGGCCGUGACGACCUGAGACAGGAUGCAGUCAUGCAGCAGGUUUUCCAGAUGUGUAACACGUUACUGCAGAGGAACACGGAGACCCGGAAGAGGAAACUGACCAUCUGCACAUACAAGGUGGUUCCGCUCUCCCAGCGAAGCGGUGUGCUCGAGUGGUGCACGGGGACCGUCCCCAUCGGCGAGUUCCUUGUCAACAACGAGAACGGUGCUCAUAAGCGAUACAGGCCGAAGGACUUGAGCGCCAUUCACUGCCAGAAGAAGAUGAUGGAUGUACAAAAGAAGUCUUUUGAAGAGAAAUAUAAAACAUUCAUGAAUGUCUGCCAAAAAUUUCAGCCUGUUUUCCGUUACUUCUGCAUGGAAAAAUUCCUCGACCCAGCAGUUUGGUUCGAGAAGCGACUGGCUUACACUCGCAGCGUGGCCACUUCCUCUAUCGUUGGUUACAUACUCGGACUUGGUGAUCGACACGUACAGAAUAUCUUGAUCAAUGAGCAAUCUGCAGAACUUGUACAUAUAGAUUUGGGAGUUGCUUUUGAGCAGGGGAAGAUCCUCCCGACUCCUGAAACGGUUCCUUUCAGACUCACCAGAGAUAUUGUGGACGGGAUGGGCAUUACUGGUGUUGAAGGAGUCUUUAGAAGAUGCUGCGAGAAAACCAUGGAGGUCAUGAGAAGCUCUCAGGAAACCCUGCUGACCAUAGUGGAGGUUCUCCUCUACGACCCCCUGUUUGACUGGACCAUGAACCCGCUGAAGGCUCUGUAUUUGCAGCAGAGGCCGGAGGACGACACUGAGCUGCAGUCCACUCCCGCCGGAGAGGACCAGGAAUGCAAACGCAAUCUCAGUGACACUGACCAGAGUUUCAACAAAGUAGCGGAACGCGUCCUGAUGAGACUGCAAGAGAAACUGAAAGGAGUGGAGGAAGGAACGGUGCUCAGUGUCGGGGGCCAAGUGAACCUGCUCAUACAGCAAGCCAUGGACCCCAAAAAUCUCAGCCGGCUCUUCCCAGGAUGGAAAGCUUGGGUGUGAUCCAGCAUAUGAAUUUUCUUUCCACUCAAUCUUUCCAAAUUAUACUGUGGCUUUCUUUUUUAACCCAACCAACAGACUUUGAGUAGGUCUUAAUAUUUAACCAAGUGAACUAUUUACUGUGUUUUUAAAAAAAUGUUUAAUACUUGACUCAGUCACAUAAAGAGGACUUGAAAGUCUCAAGGAAAAUCUCCUCUCUCAAAUUUUAGAAAUAAGUGGCAUUCCUGCUCUACUUCUAGGCUAAGCAUUUGUUUUUUCUUCUCAAGUACAUGCUUGUAUUAUUCACAGUAAAAUCCCUGACAGAGGCUUUAGCCAAAAACGGAAGCCACUGGAGGGCGGAGCAUCACUGACAGUGUUUGCUUGAGUGUGAAUUCGAAUACAGAAACUGCUGGACUGAGAUAGCUUUUAAUUAACACUUGUUUUCCAGAUAUUGUAUAUGAAUGAUAAAUUAUUUGAUAUUAAUUUAUAAAAGGAAGAAAAAUUUAAAAUUGUAACCAUCUAUAUUUCAUGGUAAAGCCACAUUAAAAAUAGACAAUGUUGAAAGCAAAUUAGUAGUUAAGAAAUAUGUCUGGAUUUUCACUUGGAAGAUCACCCAUUGUUACUGAAUAAUGCAGCUGUUACAUUACGGAGAACACAUUUCUAAGACGUGGUAUGGUUUCUCUUCUUAAAAAUGUAUAUUGGGUCUUCUCAUUCUGUUCUUUUAAAGCCUUCUGUGCUUUCUCUCUGAUGACUUUAUAUCUCUUCUAGUUUAUGAAUUCUCUUGUCAGCUGUGUAUAAUCUUUUUAGACUGUUCACAUGUUUCUUUUUUCAAAAAUGGAUUUUUCAUUUCAGGGCGCCUGCCUGCAUGGCUCAGUCAGGUAAGCGUCUG